AUGAUGGGAGCUAAAUAUUCACAUACAAGUUAUUCACACAAACCAUGCAAGACAAAAACCACCCACAGAACCACAACACAGACCCGACACCUUGAAGAAGAGCAUAGAUACCACCACCAACCAGACAAAUGUGCAGAAGAGGAGUCCUCCGUGAAGGUGACAGCAAAGGUCAAUGAAGCUGGAUUGUACAGUGUAACUGAGAAUGUAUUUUACAAAUUUGUCAUUCUGCAUGCAGAAACAGAUAUUGAGGAAGCUUUAAGGAUUAAAAAUAUGUUGGAGGAAGAGUUUCAUCUUAAACCCGGUAUAAUAUUUGCAGAAAUGCCUGCUGGAGCGCAUAUCAUGAACACUCUAGACACUGCCAUAAAUGGUUCUGCUUGGACUAUUAUAUUGCUUACCCAAAACUUUCUCAAUGAGACCUGGUGUGAAUUUCAAUCCCAUGCUACCCUAAUCAAUUCCAUCAACAUGCGCCAUAAAUACAACACCGUGAUUCCGGUGAGGCCAAAAAACAAUUUCCUACCAAGGGAUAAGACGCCUUUUCUCUUGAGGCUCAUUAAUGCUCUAGAAGAAAACCGUCCGGCAUUUACACAGCAAGUGGCGAAAGCCUUUCAGGAACACCAAUAUCUGAAACAGCAUGCUAUAUGGAAGGCUGAAAGGACGAGAAGGCAAUAA